AUGUUGCCUUUCGUCGAUUGGUCAAAGGAGUCUCUGUGGAUUUCCGUGUUUUCUAUUGCGUUCAAUCCGACGGCAUGGAACAUUGUGGCUCGCAGUGAGUACCGGAAUAAGACAAUUACGCGUCUUUUUGGGGGAAACACGCGACUCGGGUGUUAUUUCUUGGCUAUCUUGAUUUUCACCUUCGGUAUCGUUCGUGAUUCACUGUAUCAGAAAGCGCUGGAGGACCAGCCGCGCCAGUCCCUGCUGCCUGAGCCAUACAAUGUUCUUGUCCCAGGUGCACUCUUCAUUGUGGGACAGACGUUCGUCCUCACUUCGACGUGGGCUCUCGGCAUCACCGGAACGUUUCUUGGUGACUACUUCGGCAUCUUGAUGGACAGCAGAGUAGAUGGCUUCCCGUUCAAUGUGUUGAGAGACCCGAUGUAUGUUGGCAGCACGAUGUGCUUCGCGGCGGGCGCUCUGUGGUAUGAGCGCCCCGCAGGACUUUUGAUCACGCUCUAUGUUUACGUCGUAUAUCUCAUCGCACUACGUUUUGAAGGGCCAUUCACAGACAUGAUCUAUGCUAACCAUGCAGCUACUGCAUCAGCAUCUAAGAAAGAACUUUAG